UUGGCGAAAAUGUGGUCAUCUACAGCCUAUGGGGGAAUGUUGGUAAAUGCUGACUAUGGUGGAGGUUAUAUGGCUUCAGCAGCAGGGGCUUCUAUCUCCAAGAAGGCAUCCAAUCAAGGCAGCACAAUACCGUGUACAUGUGCGGAAAUAUUAGCUGCGACACAGGAAGGUGACAGGUUUAUUUCUCCACUGGGUCUUGAGUUUUCACAGGUCACUCUCUUAGGUGUCGUUCGCUCAGUGAAUGAGUCAGCCACUCGCAUUGAGUAUGAAAUAGAUGAUUAUACCGGUCCGUUUGUGCCCGUCAAAAUGUUUGUUGAAGAUCAGGAUUCCUUACCCGCUGGACAACAGUCUCGCCCGUUUCGUGAGCUCUCGUAUGUCCGCGUUCACGGCCAUGUACGAAAUUUCCAAGGUGCCAAGCAGAUAAUCGCAUUUCGAGUGCUUCCGGUAACCGAUAUGAACGAACUAACAACUCACAUAAUGGAGGUAAUCUACACCCGGAUGCUGAACACCAAGGCCAAGUUGGAUGAGGCCUCUGGUGUUAACCUGUCAAAGGUCAACUCCAGUGCGACCAAUUUCGGUGGAAAUGUCGCUAACGGCCUGACUGCUCUGCAGAAUCAAAUUCUGACGAUUGUAAGGGCUUUCGUUGGAGAACGCGGUAUCCCGGUUACACAGCUGAGUGAAAAGCUCCGUGGUAUCCCGGAGAGGCAAAUCAGGGAAAACCUGGACUUUCUCAGUGGUGAAGGCUACGUGUAUUCAACCGUGGAUGAUGAUCAUUUCAGAGCGACAGAACCCUAACUCCACCACACGGACGGUUUCCUUCUGUAUUCGAACAUGCAUUUGCUCGUACCCACCAUUCUUCUGCUCACAGAACCCCUUUCUGAUUGUCACGCCGAUGUUUUUCCAAGAAUUCAUAUUUUUG